UCAUCAUACGGCCUAAAAUCAGAAAACUUAAAUAUAAGUUAGAGUUGCGAAAAGUUAUUGGUGUUAGCAAGUAUAAUUAUCUUAUAAAAAUAUUUGCAUAAUAUGGAACCUUUAGUGGUCAACCAGCCUGUUGUCAUUGACAAUGGUUCUGGCGUUAUAAAAGCUGGUUUUGCUGGGGAGCACAUUCCAAAGUGUCGGUUUCCAAACUAUAUUGGACGGCCCAAGCAUGUUCGGGUCAUGGCUGGAGCUCUUGAAGGAAAGAUUUUCGUUGGGCCCAAAGCAGAAGAGCAUCGAGGCUUACUAAGUAUACGAUACCCAAUGGAACAUGGUAUAGUUACUGAUUGGAACGACAUGGAACGAAUUUGGAAUUACAUUUAUAGUAAGGAACAAUUAACCACAUUUCCUGAAGAUCACCCCGUUUUAUUAACGGAAGCACCAUUAAACCCCAGGAAAAAUCGUGAAAAAGCAGCUGAAUUUUUUUUUGAAGGAAUAAACGUACCCGCGCUUUUUGUAUCAAUGCAAGCUGUCCUCAGUCUUUAUGCUACAGGUCGUGUAACGGGAGUUGUGCUUGACUCUGGUGAUGGUGUUACUCAUGCGGUUCCUAUUUAUGAAGGAUUUGCGAUGCCUCAUAGUAUUAUGCGUGUUGAUAUUGCUGGACGAGACGUUACACGUUAUCUAAAGACACUUAUUAGAAAAGAAGGUUUUAAUUUCCGAACUACAGCAGAAUUCGAAAUUGUGCGAUCAAUUAAGGAAAAACUUUGUUAUCUGGCGACUAAUCCCCAAAAAGAGGAGAGUGGAGAAACUGAAAAAAUUUCUUAUAUAUUGCCUGAUGGCAAGACUUUGGAAGUUGGCCAAGCAAGGUUUAGGGCACCUGAAGUGCUCUUUCGACCAGACUUACUUGGUGAAGAAUGUGAGGGCAUUCACGACGUACUCAUGUAUGCUAUUGAAAAGUCUGACAUGGAUCUUAGAAAAAUGUUGUACCAAAAUAUUGUAUUAUCCGGAGGUUCAACACUAUUUAAAGGCUUUGGUGAUCGCCUGUUGUCUGAAUUAAGAAAACACUCAGCAAAAGAUCUAAAAAUUAGAAUAGCGGCACCUCAAGAACGUCUGUAUUCCACAUGGAUGGGGGGCUCCAUUUUAGCAUCGCUAGAUACAUUUAAGAAAAUGUGGAUAUCGAAACGAGAGUAUGAAGAAGAAGGACAGCGAGCCGUACAUAGAAAGACAUUUUAAAUAAAUAACUAAAUAUAGUGUGUGUACUUAUAACUAUAAGUCAGUGCUUUGAAUUCAAAAACUGAAUGCAAAUCAUUGUGUCGUGUGACUGCAGAGUUAAGAAGAAAAGGAAAACCAUCUGAACACGUUCUGUGAAAAUUAAAUAUUUAAAAUAGUUUAAAAAUAAUACCUUGCAAAUAAUACAUAAUUUAUUACCAUCCGUUAAUUUUAUUACACGAAAGAGCUUACAAAAGGUAUAAAUCAAAUAUGAUAUCGGGUUUAAAAAUUAAUUCUAUUGAAUGCUAUAGUAGGAUUCCUUCCUAAUAAUACUCAACUAUUUUGGGUUCAAUAAACUGCUUUUUAAUAUAUGAGGAAUUAUA